AUGAGUAGUUCGAGGUCCGUUUGGACACUUGAUCUCCUGAAGGCACGUGGCAAGCCCAUCGGUGUUGGUGCUGGAAUAUUAUCCAACCCGAUUAUCGGGGAUUUCACGUCCAAGCUCAACAGGAAUACCAAGGUCCAACUACGGACGUUCGCACAAGGACCAAUUAUCCUUUCACAAGAGGCGACCAAAAUGGCGCCCAAACCCGCAAACUACGAUCGGUGGCCCAAGGAGAGCCUGGUCAAGCGGAUACAAGAGCUAGAGGAGGAGCUGAGGAGGCAAGGGCUGGCACCGGAGGUCCAAAGGCAGGAGAGGGCGGAGGAGAGGGCCCUUGCCGCCGCGGUAACGUCGACAGAAGCCGACCUGAAGGCUGCCGAAAAGAAGAAGAAAAAGGCCGCCAAGUUUGACCCGGGCAAGUACUCGACCCGCUUGAUCGCCCUUAAAUUUGCCUACCUCGGCAAGAACUACAAUGGCUUCGAGUAUCAGUCGUCGGCCAAGAUGCCGAGCAUUGAGGAGGAGCUGUGGAAGGCGCUCGUCAAGAGCUGUCUGGUUUUCCCUGAAAGGCCAGACGAGGUCGACUUUGGACCAUGGGAGUACUCCAAGUGUGGACGCACGGAUAGGGGCGUCAGCGCUUUCGGUCAGGUUAUCGGUAUCCGAGUGAGGAGUAACAAGCCGCUGCCAAAGGAGGAGCCAGAACAGACUGGAGGAAAUGGCGGAGACGAUGUGGUCAUGACCGAGCCUCAGCAGCAAGAAGCCGAGAAGGCCACCGACGUAGAACACCAAAAGCCGGAGUGGGAUCCCAUCGCCGACGAGGUCCCCUACUGCCGGGUUCUUAACCGGCUCCUACCCCCGGACAUCAGGAUCAUGGCCUGGGCGCCGGCUCUCCCUCCCAACUUCUCCGCACGCUUCUCCUGCCGCGAGCGGCAAUACCGGUACUUCUUCACGCAGCCCGCCUUCGCGCCGAUGCCCUCCUCCCUGGAGCCUCUGGCAAAGAAGCAAGAGAAGCAAGGCUGGCUCGACAUCGGCAAGAUGCGGGAGGCCGCCAAGAUGUUCGAGGGCGUGCACGACUUCCGCAACUUCUGCAAGAUCGACCCGGGCAAGCAGAUCACCAACUUCAGCCGGCGCAUCUUCGAGUCCGACAUUGUCGAGGUGAAGGACGUCGAGUCCGACCUGCCGUACCUUGGCCUGCCGGAAUUCCAGCCGCUCGCUGGUGGCAGCGAGGGUUCGCACCCCAAGGUGUACUACUUUCACGUGCGCGGCUCCGCCUUCCUGUGGCAUCAGAUCCGCCACAUGGUGGCUGUCCUCUUCCUCGUAGGCCAGGGCCUCGAGCCGCCUUCCAUUGUCCAGCAGCUUCUCGAUGUGGAGAAGAACCCGCGCAAGCCGAACUACGUCAUGGCCGAUGAGGUUCCUCUGGUCCUCUGGGACUGUAUCUUCCCCAAGCUGGCGGAAGAGGAAGCCGGCGCCGUUCCCGGUACCAGCAGCGGUGAUGGCAGGGACUCGCACAACCCGGAAGCCGAGGGCGAUGUCGAAAUGGUCGACUCCAUCGACUGGGUCUGGCAGGGCGAGGACGACCCGAUGAGCCUGUACGGCGCGCAGGGCCUGGUGACGGAGCUCUGGGGCACCUGGCGCGAGAGGAAGAUGGACGAGAUCCUGGCGAACCGGUUGCUGAACUUUGUGGCUACGAAGCCGGAUAUCGAGAGGAGGUUGAUCACCAAGGGCGCUCCAUCUGCGCCACCCAAGGGGAUCAAGAAGGUCUACGAGGGAGGAAACAAGGCCCAGUUCAGAGGCUCGUAUACCACGCUGUUCAAGAGGCAGCUGUUGGCUUCGGCGAAGGAGGUCAAUGACAAGUAUGCGCAAGGGUUUGGGUUCAAGGACGCGGAGGAGAUGACGCAGACGAAGAACUGGAGGAGCGCGAUCAGGGAGCAAAAGGAUAAGAACAAGAAGGGUGGGCGGUCGAAGAAGGCAGCGGGCGCAGAACCGCCUGUUGAGGGGUCUUCUAGUUGA